AAAUUUGUGAGUAAAGGCUGCGCAUGUCACAGUACGUGGAUAGUUAGCUGGGGGUGGCUGUCAGCCAGAUCUGGCUACAUUUUGCUUGAAGGACAGUCAACAAUUAGUUAGGCUGAAAUGAAGAUUCAAGUUUCGCUGCUGUUGGUGGCUAUCUCUUUGGCAGCUUCAGGUCGAGGCGAGACGACCACAACACGUGGGGGUGAAUCAACUACAACUGGCACAACAGAAAGCUCAGGAAAGGAAGGCGGGAAACCAGGAGGAAAUGGUCGAGGCGAGACGACCAUAACACGUGGGGGUGAAUCAACUACAACUGGCACAACAGAAAGCUCAGGAAAGGAAGGCGGGAAACCAGGAGGAAAUGGUCGAGGCGAGACGACAACAAGUGGGGAUGAAGCAACUACAACUGGCACAACAGAAAGCUCAGGAAAGGAAGGCGGGAAACCAGGAGGAAAUGCAAAAGGAGAUAACAUGACGACAACAGGAUCACCAGAUAACUCAAAUCCGACAAAUCCUGGAGAUCCGACCAAUCCCAAGGAUCCAUCAAAUCCUGGGGAUCCGACAAAGCCCACGGAUCCAUCAAAUCCUGGGGAUCCGACAAAGCCCACGGAUCCAUCAAAUCCUGGAGAUCUGACAAAGCCCACGGAUCCAUCAAAUCCUGGGGAUCCGACAAAGCCCAAGGAUCCAUCAAAUCCUGGGGAUCCGACAAAGCCCACGGAUCCAUCAAAUCCUGGAGAUCCGACAAAGCCCACGGAUCCAUCAAAUCCUGGAGAUCCGCCAAAGCCCACGGAUCCAUCAAAUCCUGGGGAUCCGACAAAUCCCACGGAUCCAUCAAAUCCUGCAGUUCCGCCAAAGCCCACGGAUCCAUCAAAUCCUGGAGACCCGACAAAGCCCACGGAUCCAUCAAAUCCUGGAGAUCCGCCAAAGCCCACGGAUCCAUCAAAUCCUGGAGAUCCGCCAAAGCCCACGGAUCCAUCAAAUCCUGGGGAUCCGACAAAUCCCACGGAUCCAUCAAAUCCUGGAGAUCCGCCAAAGCCCACGGAUCCAUCAAAUCCUGGGGAUCCGACAAAUCCCACGGAUCCAUCAAAUCCUGCAGUUCCGACAAACCCCAAGGAUCCAUCAAGUCCUGGAGACCCGACAAAUCCCAAGGAUCCAUCAAACCCUGGAGAUCCGACAAAUCCCACGGAUCCAUCAAAUCCUGCAGUUCCGACAAAUCCCAAGGAUCCAUCAAAUCCUGACGUAUCCACAGAAAAGACUCCGAAAGAGGGCAAGUUGAAUAAAAAAACUCUCAUCAUGGCAGUUGUAUUUGGGGGUACUGCCGCUGUUGUAACUGCCGUUGUGUUGGUAAUGGCGGUAAAGGCCGUCAUUACGGCAGGAAUGGGAGGAGGAGCAAAGGUAGCAGGUGCAGCGGGGGCAGCUUGAUAGAUCUCGCACCUGCACUUAUGCUGCAUUAGCACAUUAAUAUGUUCAUAUGUAUGUUAAAUAUUCAGGAUUUUUCAUAUCUUGCUGUAGCGGCAUGUUUGUCUCAGACGCCGUACUCCAUUGUGGCUUGGCGUGACUUUCACCGUCUCGGGAAGAAUAUGGUUAUGCGUAUCCAUUGUUUGCAUACGUAAGGAAAAGCACAUCAUUGAAAGAACUGCAAAUAAAACCGAUAAAACCAUUUCCAUAAUCAUAACAAAUCGUAAGGAAUGUUGCACCUGUCCGUUAGAUUAGCAAUGGUGCAAUCAAAGAGGAUAUAUGAUCCAGGGCCCCGUUACACAAAGCCAUCUUAGCGCUAAGGUGAUGGUAACUCCCAUACUUUAACACUGGCUUACGAUAGUCGUAGCGCUAAGAUAGCUUUAUGGAGCGGUGCCCUGGAGUGGUGGCUUUCAGUUUUCCGUUAUGUUUGACCUUACACAGAAAUGUAGUAUUGCAGUACAACUACAUGGAACUAUUUUUAAGUUGAUCAUAUUGAACAGAUUGGUUUUGCACGAUUCGCUUGUUUUGAUCAUAAUAGUAAAUCUAAACACUUCUUUUACAUUGCUGAUAAGACAAAUAUUUUUCCAUACAACGAAUUCGUUUGGCUGUUUAAUAUUUUGUACAGUUUUGUGUUCUGGCUACACAAGUGCCUUACGAGUUGUAUGCUGUUAUAUGCUGGUUACCAGGUACAUCUCUAAUAAGGACAUUUCAGGUGACCAGUUAAAACAACAUGGCCGCCUGGCAAUUGUCUGUCUUUAUCGGCGUCACCUGUAAACAUAUUCUCCUCUGCAACCAAUGGACCCACGAAACCGCAUCUGGGAUUUAGUUUUGUAGAGACAUACAUUUGAAAGCGUUUCUGGACAAUUAAAUAAAAUCAACUGAUUAAAGGCUGUUAUAAGGCACAGAGUUGAAACUUAAGUUCUGCAUUGCGAUAGUGUUAUACAAAUGUAACAGUGAGGUGAUGUGAAAUGGGGUUUAAUAGCGUCCAAUAGUAUUGCAAUUUUAUAGCGACGUGCAUGCACGUGUGUGUAGCUGCUUGCACUCGUCCAGACUAAUGCCGAUUUUAUAGUGCUAGCCCACUGAGGUACCAUGCCGCAGUUGAACAUGAAUACCCCACUCAGACACUGUAUACUGAAUCCAGACCGAAUAUUAUUUUUAACAAGUACCAUGUUUUAAUGUCUGUUGGGUUUGAGGCGGCCGAGGUUCGAAACCCCGGACCUUCCCCUCUCCGGGCGGACGAUCUACCACUAGAACACGGAGGCGGGAGAAACCCUUGUACUAUAAUAAUAAUAAUAAUAAUAAUAAUAAUAAUAAUAAUAAUAAUAAUAGAAACCUUAACAUACUUGUUUCGUAUUUGUCCAUUCAUCCUCAAUGUUCAUUCAAAGAUUUGCAUUGAUGUCUCGGUGAGGUUUAGUGACAAAGUCGACACAAUUUAUGGAUAACAGCUUCUUUAUUCUACUGUAAUAAAGUAUACUGCUAUUACAGUAUUAUUAACAAGUUAUUGUGUCUACGUUGCAAUCCGUAAACUUCAAAGAAAUGCCUAUCCAACAACUCAGCACGUCAAUAGUGAUUUGGCACGUUGUUUUUAUUUGUCACCAAAAAUAUAUGUACGUCUUUCAAAGCCCGGGAAACAUUUUCCCUUUAAUGUAUGCAUUGCUAUACCAAGGAAAGUAAGAGAGCCCAUCGCAGGAACUAACUGCUUCGUUCAAUAAAGAUGAUUUACAUAACAUUAGAUAUUUGAAUGUUCCCCGUAUAUACGUUCCCUUAAUUGACGCCAUCAGUAUAUAUAGGUGGGAUUUACUUAAAACGAUUUACCAAUUUGGUAAUUAUACAUCACUUCAAUGGAUGCUACACGGGGAGACAUAUGUAACCUUCACAUUAACAGUUUUCUCACAGAAAUAUCGAUCCUUUCAAAGAGAUAUUCACUUGAAAUACGGCAAACAGAUUCUCAUGCUAAUGCUUUUUGCACUCAGUACAUGUCUAUUCGUUUUGACAAAUGGAAGCUGUCCUUCCAUAAAGGUAGAUACAAUCGAGCAACACCUAUAUUUCUACAGUGUGUUUGAGUGAAAGAGUCGGGGGAAGAACCCCGCUUUGAACAUAACGUCAGUAACAUCAGAAGCUUCAAAGUAUUUCAGGUGGCAGAUCUUUAUUACUUAUGACACCAAUUCAGGCGUCUUUUAUGUUAACAGACGAAUUAGGUCGAAUCUGAUAUAUCAACAUUCCCGUGGAUUCUGGUGUGUAAGUUUUGUGACAGUAACAUCGACUUCUGGCAGCCGCUGAUUCAGGUACUGGUGCACUAGUUUAGACCGGUUAACCGUGAAGGUGCACUAGUUUAGACCGGUUAACCGUGAAGGUGCACUAUAUCAGACUGGUCAACGGUGAAGAUGAACUCGUUUAGACUUGUUGAGUGUGAAGGUGAACUAGUUUAGACCGGUUAACCGUGAAUGUACAUUAUAUCCGACGGGACUAGUUCCCCCGAGAGCACUGUAAAGAACUAAACGUUGGAAUUACGUGGUGAUCGAAUAACCCGCAGGUGUCCCAGCUCAGUCGGGACAAAAACAACUCCUCGGGCAUUGAGUAAGGAUUCAUGAUCGACUUAGUUGCCGUUACAACAUGUGUAAACAGAUCAAAGAUGACAUGUUGAUCGGCACUGGUGUAAAACAAAUAAUACAUUGUGCUGGUAUUUUAAAUGAGUCAUACUCUGAUAAAUCCCCCAUCUUGGUGUUAUGCAACCUAUAACAUUAGUUGAGUUUGUCACACGCGUGGAGCAAAGCAGAACUAUAUUUUGUGAAAUGUUAGAAAUCCUCUACUUUGUUCACAUUUAAUUGUUGUCAUAGUGUAGCUGGAUGGGUAGGUAGUUGUUCACUAUCAUGUGGUCUAAUUGUUUUAUUUAAUGUUUUUAUUCAAAUUGUGAUAAGAAAGCUCAGUGUGAUAUCUCCUUUAUAUGCUUGUAAAAUAUCGCAAUUUUGAAGGUAAGGCGAAUAUUUUGUCAGGAAGCUCAAUCAGUAAACUAUACAGAAAUUAUAUUUUGUGAUAUAAUCACCAUGACUCACAUAAAACGCAAAUGUUUACAAGCUAUGAUUCAAUGCCUGUUGAUUUGUUACAAAUUAAUUGUUACUCUUCUAUAUAAUUGUGCAUUAAACACUAUAAACACAGA